AUGGCGUCUCCAACCGAGGACCUCUCCCACAUCCCCCUGGAAACCCGAUCCAUCAUCACCACCGAAUCCUCAGAUGGCAUCCCCUUCCCCGCCUCCCCCAUCCCUCACACCCACCGCACCUGGGCUCGGACCUUCAGCUCUCGCCCUGAAGUCUACCUCCAGCCUUCCACCCUCCCUCAAAUAACCAAAAUCACCAACCUUGCUCGCCGCUGCCGUCGCCGUCUGGUUGUUGUCGGAUCUGGGCACUCCCCUUCGAACCUCACAUGCACCUCCUCUUGGAUGGUCAACCUGGACAAAUACUCUCGUGUCCUCUCGAUUGACCCCACCACCGGCAUUUGUGUGCUCCAAUCCGGCAUCAGACUAUGGCAGCUCAGCGAGGCCCUCAACAAGGAAGGCCUCGCCCUCCCCAGCAUGGGAAGCAUCAACGAGCAGUCCAUCGCCGGCGCCAUCUCUACUGGUACUCACGGCAGCUCCCUCAAGCACGGCCUGAUUUCCGAAGGAGUGGAAUCCCUCAAGAUUGUCCUCGCCAACGGUGAAGAAGUCUUCUGCUCACCAACAGAGAGAUCGGAUCUCUUCCGCGCUGCCUUGCUCAGCUUGGGAGCCAUCGGCAUCGUCACCGAGGUGACAUUCAGAGCGGUCAAGGCGUUCAGUUUGGCAUGGGAGCAAUCGAUUGACUCCGACAGCAAGCUGUUUGCCGAGUGGGAGUCCAAACUUUGGAAACAAUCCGAGUUUGUCAGGGUGUGGUGGUUCCCCUACAUGAGAAGGGCGGUAGUUUGGAAGGCGGACAAGGUGGAUGAGAAUGAUUUGGACACGGGGGUGGUGAAGAACUAUGAUCCGCCCACGAGCUUUCAGGACAGCAAGAUUGGGUAUUUUGUCUACCACAACUUGCUGGCGUUGGCGAGGUGGUUCCCUAGGAUUACUCCGUGGGUGGAGUGGUUUGUGUUUGGGCUGCAGUAUGGGUUUGGGAAUGGGGAGACGACAACUACGCGGGCGGUGCAGCCGAGUUACAAGGCUUUCUUGUUGAACUGUCUGUACAGUCAGUUUGUGAAUGAGUGGGCUAUUCCGCUUGCGAAGGGACCGGAGGCGCUGCAGAGAUUGGCGGCUUGGUUGCAUAGACUGCAGCCCGGGGAUGAGGGGUAUGUUGAGCAUAAGAUUCCUUUCAGUGCGGAGGGUCUCUGGGUGCACAGUCCAGUUGAGGUCAGGGUCAGCGAUACCACUGUCAAGACCAGCGGCGAAAGGGGAAACAGGCCUUGGUUGGAUAUCACUCCUGAGGAUGGACCGGCGUUGUAUCUCAACGCGACGAUGUACCGACCUUACCACAAGGACCCAAGCUACAAUGCGACGGAAAGGUACUACGAGGCUUUCGAGUGGUUGAUGAGAGACCUGGGCGGAAAGCCACAUUGGGCAAAGACAUUUGCUGUCACGCCGGACGAGUUUGCGAGCAAGCAGUGGUAUGGUGAGAAUUUCCACCAGUUCAGGAAGGUGAGAGAUGAGGUCGACCCUCUGGGCAUGUUCGUUGGACCAUGGCAGCGCAAGUUCUUGCUGGGAGAGCCGGCGGAGGAGAAGGAUAGGCUUGCUUUGGAAGAAGUUGGGUUUGAGCAGAAGCCUGCGAAGGAGGGUGGUUAUGUUGUGACGGGGCACCAAAAUGUGGUUGUCGCAUGA